AUGAGCAUAGUGGUCCCGUUGGGGGUUGACACAGCAGAAACUUCAUAUUUGGAAAUGGCUGCAGGCUCAGAGUAAGUAUUGUGGCACAACAGCAAAUUUGCAAAAUUGGUUCUAUCUUACGUUUCAUUUUCUGCAUCUCUGCAGUGUUGCUGAGUUUCAGUUGAUUCACUUCUGUGCAUAAUAAACAGAAUCAAAGUUUGUUGAACUCUACCUGAAAUAGAUGUAAAUUUUACAGUUCUUAGCUUAUAGUUUUCCUUCUUAAAAGUCUUGACUUCACUUACAUUUCAGUAUGUAUUGGAGCCCAUUUGGUUAUGUUCUGACAAAAUUGCUAUUUUUAAAGUUUUGGCAAUUUUUUUUUCAUAUAUAGUGUUCAUUCAUUUCUACUUUAGCAUCUAGGGUGAUUCUUAAAUUAACAUUUAUUAACUAUUCUCACAGUGAACAUCCCCCCCCCUUGCUCUGAGCUAUUCAGUUUGGGGUGAAAUCAGAAUACUGAUACAUAACGUGCUUAUAAUAGAAAAUAAAGUAAUCAGGAGCACCUUCCUUCAGGGUCUAUCUUUAUAGUUCCUUAGUACAACCUGUAAAAUACCGGUACAUCCUUUCAGGAUACAGUACUGGCAACACAGGAAACCUGUGGUGCUGUGCUUAUUCUGCCACUAGAUGUCAUAAUUUAUUGGGGUUUCAGAUACUGCUAACAGCAUAUGGGCAGACUCCUACGCUGCAUAUGUGUUCUCAGAAACAAUAAGAAUUAUUGAUACUUGUGUACUCCUGCCUUGUAAUCUUUUUUGUGCUUCUUUGUUUUACAACAUUGUUGUCAGUGUUGUUCAAAUGGAUAGUAUUCACUUGAUAGUGCACACCCAUGUCACUACAGAAACUUUAGUGUUGUUACUGACAGCUUGCCAGACAUUUAUUUAUUUUUGACAGGAGCAUAGCAACAAACAUUUCCUUCUUUACCUUUAUCAUAAUACCGAAAUAUUCAGCAAUUUGGAACAAAAGGGAAAUCUUAAUGUUUGUCUUGCUUUUCAGACCUGAAUCUGUAGAAGCUAGCCCUGUGGUAGUUGAGAAGUCAAACAGUUAUCCACACCAGCUAUAUAACAGCAGUUCUCAUCAUUCACACAGUUAUAUUGGUUUGCCUUAUGCGGUAAGUUUUGUUUUUAAAAAGUAUUUCUUCAAGGUUCUUUCCAAUAAAGAGAACUUUUAAAUGUGCCUUGUUUGGUUGAUUUUCCGGCUUAUUGUGGGAAGUCCUCCACUAAAACAGCCGAAAUCAUGACACUUAUAUGGUAGAGUGGUUCUGAUACUAGACGUCUUGUAUUUACUCUUUAUUACUGUCUUUUUUUUAACAAAUGGGUUGCAUCCAGACCUAAACUUUCACGAAUGGAAUGCCUUAAGAUCCCCCCAGAGCUGGUUUUAGGGAGGUAUGGGGAAGUGCAGUAGAAUGGAAGAGAUGGCAAAAGUUGCAUCUGCGGAAGAGCAGUGACAAGAUGGUUUGAGCAUAUAACACCAAUCUUGGCCUGAUUGUACUGGCUACCAAUUAGCUUCAGGGCACAAUUCAAAAUGCUGGUUUUGACCUACAAAAUCUUAAAUGGCUGAUAACCGCAAUACCUCAAGGAUCACAUCUACCCAUGCAAACAGAACCAGACCCUGCAAUCAUCAUUUGAGGCCCUUCUCUGUGUGCCUGUCUGUGACAGUUCUGAAGGGUGGCAGCACAAGAAUGGGCCUUUUCUGCGGUGGCUCCCUGCUUGUGAAAUGCUCUCCCCAUGGGAGAUGACCUUGCUCCUUCAUUACAUAUCUUUAGGUACCAGGCAAAAACAUUUCGCUUCUCCCAGGCCUUUUUUUAAUUAAACAAUCUAUGCUCUUUUAAACUGGGGUGGCGUAAUUGUUUUUAUUUGUUGCUAUGGUAUGUAUUUUUGUGUUUUUAAAUUGUAAACCACUCUGUGAUCCUUGGAUGAAGGGUAGUAAUAAUAACAGUCCUCAAUUGUGUCAAUGUGCACCAGUGUUUGAUGUAAUAUGGCCCUGGGUGCUGCACCAUAGAACAUUAACUGACACUGAUACACCUGAUCCUGUCAGCUCUUCCUUCAGUGUAGGAUAAUGGGAUCAAUCUAUAAAUAUUUUCAGAGUGAUGAAUAGGCUUGCUUUUCUUCCUGUAGAUAAAUGGCACCUAAUUGGGGACAGUUGCUAUACAUGUAUAAAAUAGAAAUAUGUCAUUAGUUAAAGAGGAUAAGUCAUGCACUUCACGAAAAUGCACUCCAUUUUGAAGAAUUCUGGCAUUUCUUCUAGCUAGGUGAAAUCUGUAUGGGUGCCGAGAAACAAGGUGUGCUUUGUGUCAGUGCCCUUUUUAAAAUUCAGCUCAGAUAAAUUUCUCUGCUUUAUUAUGUCAUGAUUGGGGAAUGUGAGUGUGCAUGUAUGCCUGACAGUUUUCCUAGAUAAAGUUAUUAGUGAUAAAAAGAUGUUUGCUGUUCAGAUGAAAUGUGAAUAUCGAUAACCUAGCGUGCAGUGGAAAUUUGAGGAAAGCAACGCUUUCUUCACUGUUUAAAGAAUAGUAGAAGAUUAAUUAAAUGAAAAUACUUUUAGUGUAUACAUUAAACCAUCCUCUUCUGAUCUCUUCUAAGUUAGCCACACCCAGCUGAAGGUGUAUGCCAAAAUCAUGUGAAUGGAAAUUAACUACUUCUGGUAACAAAACCAGUUGUAGCAGAUCUCUCCAGUACACAAGUAAUUACAUUAGUUUUCAGAUACUGAUUUUAUGUUUAGUGCCUUUCAAAACCAGAAUAGUUUGUCAUCUGUUUUUUAACAUCCCCGUUAAGGUAGCUUAAGCUUCAAAGGUUUGGAAAAAAGUUUAUAUGAAAGUUAUAAAAGAAUGGAAGAGAGUGAUAUGUACAUUGAUUCUUUUAGAGUAAGCAUUCACAUGAAAAGAAGUAAUAUAUAUAAAACCAUCUACCUUCUAAAUAUCAUUUUCCAGGACCAUAACUAUGGUGCUCGCCCUCCUCCAACACCUCCAGCGUCUCCUCCUCCAUCAGUUCUUAUAAGCAAGAAUGAAGUAGGCAUAUAUACUGCUCCAAAUUUUGAUGAGACCUCCAGUGCUACUACUAUCAGCACUUCUGAGGAUGGAAGCUAUGGAACUGAUAUAACCAGGUGCAUUUGUGGAUUUACACAUGAUGAUGGAUAUAUGAUCUGUUGUGACAAAUGCAGGUAAAGUAGUGCCAUAUAUGCAAACAUUCUUAAAUAUUUUUCUUCUGUACUACUGAAAUCAGCCCUUCUUGUCCCUAAUUGCUUAGAGCCAUUUCCUUCCUCAGGCCCUUCAUAGGCUUUGUAGGGCAUUAUGCAAAUAUGGGAGAAAGAGAAACCAUCACCAUUUUGUUAUUGUGAUAGCUGCCAUUUUGCCUUCAGGAUGGAGAGGGGAGGUGACAGACCAGCCAAGCCAGCAAAGACUUUCUGCAAGCGGGGGUCAUACUAAGAAGGGUCACGGCUCACAAGUCAUUGUUAACCCUGCAGAAGGGUAAGAGGGAGGACUUGGGUAGGAGGAGCUUGACCAACUGUUGGACGGGUUUUCUGGGCCAAGAUUAAUGCCGUUGGUAUUUCUGAGGAGGCGACACAUGACUAAAAGGGGUGCAUGGAAAUAUACCAAGAUGUGACAUCAGUUUAAUUGGAAACCCUGGGGAAAACGCAGUGUGUAUUUUGGCUGCGUUGUCCCUUGGAACUGAAUUUGUUUAAGAUUGCUAGACUGCUUUAUGAACUGCUCUUAUGAAGGAGAAUUCAAAAAAACAUUUUGGAGUUUGGUUAGGGAAAUUCUGUCAUUCAAAAAGGUGCGUAUGCACAACUGAACUUGUUCACAACAGUGAAGUGACUUGCCUUUUUGAAUGUUCAUAAUUUAUAUUUUUUAAUAUUGUUUGAGGUGGAGUAAUAGGGUAUGUUGAUAAAGCAGUGUAUUAAAUGAAUGAUCAGAUAGUAGAAUGGAGCUUUUGGGGAAAAGAACUUGUAGCAGUAUAUCCAAUGUAAGAGAAAUGAUGGAAGCUGUGUGAACUUCCAAUAUCCUGCAAAAGUAACACUAUUCUAUUUUCUAAAUCAUUUAAGUGUUUGGCAGCACAUCGAUUGCAUGGGGAUCGACAGGCAGCAUAUUCCUGACAUAUACUUGUGUGAACGUUGUCAACCUAGGUAAGUCGCCUGUGGUCAAUUAAAAAAACAAACCCUGUUGUUUGCAUGAGGUUUGAAAUACAUAGCUCGAAUGUUGAAGUGACUGUUGCAGGUCAUCUUCAUGUUGUUUAAGUAGAUGUUUAAAAUUCCUAAACUGUAUUGCUAAAUUAAUCAUUAAUAGAAAUGGAAUAAUAGAAAUAAUAGACUUGGGCUACAACCUGGAAAUAAUAAUUCAUUGAAUUAGCCUAUAAUGGUGGCUUCCCUGCCAUAGGUUAUAAAAGUGCCUUUGCCUAGCGGAAAAAAUAGUGACUGCUUUUUCAAUGAAUGACGGCUAUUUUGCUAUCUUUAAAAAAUACUUAUAUCACUACAUGGAACUAUUAUUGAAGAUCACAGUAGAUUUAACAAAAUGAGAAAAUCAGUUGUCCAAGUGCAGGUGUGAAAUAAGGUUUUUGCAUGUAGGUCAACUGCUGAAUGGGCAAAAAUAUGGGCCUGAUGCUGGGAAAAAGCUGCAAUCUUGUACCCUCUUACUUGGAAGUAAGACCCAUUGACAUGAAUAAGUAAGACCUGAGCAGUCAUGAAUAGGAUUACACUGUUAUAGUUCCACACAGGAGGUGAUCGUAUUUCAGCCAUGCAUACCCAAAUGCACAACAUACAAGUAGCUUUCUGCUACUACUGUUCUCUGAAUUGGAACCAUUGGCAAUCAACUGCCAUUGCUCCGUAUCUCAUCUGAGGCAUAGUUUUGAUACCUGACUCCUUCCUCUGUCUUGGGACAGCAGAAAGACAUGCAAUCCAUGUGAGAAAGGGAUUUGCUUGUUGCUGGCACUUGGAAGGCUGUGUUGAAAACAGCUCCAAUAACAAUAAUUGGGCGGCUGAAUGAAGCAGCCAAUCUGCAGCACAGUUUUUGUUGAAUGGCUGAAAGACCCUCUUGUUCACUCUCACCACUUAUUUAAUUCUCCCCUUUUCACAAUAAAGUAUUAUUUAUUUUACUUAUAUCAUUUCUUCCCUGAAUUUAUGAGCCAGGAGAAUCCCUUAGCUAAAUGGUUCAGCAGUUUCUCCUCUUAACUAUGAAACUGGAAUACAGGAAGGGACUGCAAUGUUUUGGUUCUGCUUUGUUUUGGUACAACUGUUUCAUUCUGGGCUUUAUACUAAAUUGUAAAAUUCCUAGAGCAGGGAACUCCUUGCUAGGGAGUUUAAAUAGUUAUUGUGAAUAUUGAAAAUGAAUUUUCAUACAACAGUGAGUGGAAACAAUCAUUUUAUAUCUCUAAUUAUUCCAUUUAAUGUGUAGGAGCUAUCUGUCAGAAAGUUUAGAUGCUUCAGCAACAGAGUAACAUGUAUUCAGUUUUAUUUCUUAUUUUCUUUUUGUCAACAGGAACUUAGAUAAAGAGAGGGCAAUGUUGCUGCAGCGUAGAAAAAGGGAAAAUAUGUCAGGUAAGUAACAAAGUUCUUAAACUGAGAUACAAUUAGUGAGUAAUUCUCCCAAAAGCUACUGACACAAUGCUUUUGAUUUAUAGCCUUAUACUGUUCAAGUUAACUGCCAGUGGUUAUAUUUCUUUUUAAUUCUGUAGGAGAGCCAGGGUGGUGUGGUUGUUAGGGUGUCAUACUUGGAUCUGGGAGAUCAGGGUUCAAAUCCCCACUUGGCCAUGAACCUACUGGGUGAUCUUGGGCCAGUCUAUGCCUCUCAGCCUAACCUACCUCAUAGGGUUCCAAUCCAAAUUGGAUUUAUUAUGUCCAUAGACCAGCAUAAGGUGAUAGCACCUCCAUACAUAAAUAAAGCAUGCUAGAUAGGCAAUAGGGCAAAUGCAGAAGUAGAGGAUACACGUACUAAUACUCUGUUACAGUAGACGAGCAUAAGAUGAAAACACAUAGAAACAUGUAAACCAGACCUUCCGUUUUAGACCUGCUGUGUGACACAUACCAUGCUCUGACGUAUGUCAAUCAUAGCAGCACAGUAUCUGAAUAUGUUAUAUCAGGAUUUAUAUCUUGGAGGAGAUAUAAGGUUGUUGUGGGGAUUAAAUGAGGAGGGGGAGAACCUUGAGCUCCGUGGAGGAAAUAUAAAUAAAUAAUCAGAAAGGAUAAUGGGUGCACAUGGCAUGCCAGGCAAAAUUAGUUUCUCUUGACAUUAAGAAUCCUUUAACUAAUAAGAUGCGUAUGCAAUUUUUUGGAAUUAGCCAGACUAACAUUAGUGUUAUUGCUGCACUUCAAAAAUGUUUUUUCUCCUGAACCAAAAGCUCAUGUUUUUUCAGGGUCCCAGUUUGCACACAUUUUUUAUGGUUUAACAUGCCCCAAUACUAAGUGCCUCCUCUACUCAUGCUGCUGCCACACCAGGGUGAAAACAAGCCAGAGUCUGGUUCGUAAUGACAUGUGAACUUGAGCUUAUUAUUUGUUUCUCCCUAAGGAGUCCACAAAUGGUAGGCCAAGAACAGAAAUUGCCUCCUACUCAUCGUUUGUUUGGAGAGAAACAGUGAGCUUAGGUUCAUAUGUCACAACAAGGAAGACAUGUUUUUUUAAAAAAUAUUCUAAAAUAAAGAUUUAUCCAUACCUCUCAUCCCUAUUUCUAUAAAAGAAUGAAGGAAAGGGUAUAGUUCAGGGGUCAGCAACCCGCGGCUCCGAAGCCGCAUGUGGCUCUUUUACACCUUUGCCGUGGCUCCAGGGCGGAUACUAGCGAGGGGAGUAGGCGCAUUGUGCGCCCCGACACUCCCCACUGUGGCGGGCGCUGUACUGGCUGUGACGUCGCAUGGGGGCGGUGUGUGCGUUAGUCACGCACCGUCCCGACGUCACCUUCCCGCCCACCCACCCGCUGCAUUGAAAGGGGGCAUGUACGCUGGUCACUGUUUUGAAGGGGAGUGAAGAACACACACACACACAAAAAGGUAACUUGUUAAUUUAACGUUUAUUUCUAUGAGGAGGAGUAAUUCUGAGGGGUCAAACAAAGAAAUAAUAAAAAAAAGUGACAAAAAAGUUAUUUCUAUAAUGACGAGUUUUGCGGCUCCCGGUUUUUUUUCCUUCGGAAACGGGUCCAAGUGGCUUUUUUUGUCUUAAAGGUUGCAGACCCCUGGUAUAGUUGAUCUGAUUAUGAGACAAAUUACUCUCUAUUUUGCAGUUAACAAAACACUGAUAUCUUACCAAAAAGUGAGCCAAAACCUUUUGGGUGUCUAUUUUUUAAAAAAUCUUUUGUAUUCUUGAAUUCUUGCCACCCUGUGUCCUGAUUUUUUCUAUCAAUUGUUGAUAAAAUGUGGGCUUGUAGUUAUGCGCUUCCACAGACUAUUAACCAUAUUUUGAUUACUUUGAUUCCCAGAGGUUCAAAGUGGACAUAAAGAAGUUGAGACCACAUGGUUACAGUUGUUUGGAUGGUGGAGGAAAAGAAUUAAUCAGUGUUAGAUUUUUGAGAGUUCACUUGGUGAGAUAAGCCACAUGUUAGGUGAUCUAGCCUGAAAUCUGAGAACAAAUAAAACCUAUAUUUAUGUUUGAGAUGCAAGCAGCCAUUUACGCACAUGAAAGGGGACAGUGCUUGCAUGCCUUUCUGUUUGGCUUUUACUGCCACCAUUCCCACAGUCUGUGAAGCAACCAGUGUUUAGAAGAGGUUAGUGACUUGCUUGGUUGCAAAGGCUUUAGCACCAAACACUGCAGCUGUGGAUGUCAUUUCAUUGCCUAUUCUAGAUGGCUCUUUUGGACUGUGAAUAAAACAGUGCUUCAGGUGGAUACCAGGCCAGAAAAAAUACCACCCACUUCAGAAAAGGCUUAUUAGCUAACUUAACAGUUUCUACAUAAUAUUAGCAUAUUUCUAGGAAUGGUUUUAGUCUUAUUAAUCCUUAUUUAUUAUUACUGAAAUGCUUCUCAAGGUCAAUUUGUGUCAUCAUUUUUGUAUUCAGUUUUUUUCUUUCAUAAAUUGAUACUGACAAAUUGAUGCACACUGAGUAUAAAACCCUUCUUGCAACCUAAUAUGUAUUUUAUUAUGCUGUACAUUGUGGAUUAAGCAAAUAUAAAUAAAUGAAUUUCUUAUCCAAGCUUUGAUUUGAUUUAAUGCCUUUGGAAAUCUUGUAAUACUUUUGAAAAAACAUAAGCUCCCCUAAGUUAAUUAGAUUACUUGAGUAAUCUAAUGCAAAACUGGUGUGGUGUUCCCGUCCCUCAAAACCUGAACAUGUAAAUACAAAUUUUACUGUCAUUUAGUUACCAGUUUUAUUACCAUUUCCAUAAUAUUAUUUCCAUAAAUUGGUAAUUGUAUGUAAAUACUUUUGGCAAUUCAGGGACAUGCAUUCAUUAUUGGAAAUAGUUUAUAAGAUAUAUUUCCUGGCUUCCUUUUUCUUUUUAAAGAUGGGGAUACCAGCGCAACAGAAAGUGGCGAUGAAGUUCCUGUAGAACUAUAUACUGCUUUUCAACAUACACCAACUACAAUUACUCUGACUGCUACACGAGUUACCAAGGUCACAGAUAAGAAACGGAAAAAAAGUGGGGAGAAAGAACAAAACAUUGCAAAAUGUAAAAAGGUAAGUUAAUUCAAUUUUCAAUUUCUCUUUAUGUUUUGGGAGGUUCAUUGUGUUUGAAAUUUUUUCUUUCUAUUUGAAAUAAAUCUGGAUCACUGCUCUUGAAGGAGCACAAUCAUUCUCCAAUGGGGUUUGGAGAAUUCAGAGGCAUCUCAGUAACUGAGAAUGGGCUAUUGCAGAGUAGGACUGAAGGAUGAUGACGAUAAAUUCAUUAUUUAUACCCCGCCCGUCUGGCUGGGUUUCCCCAGCCACUCUGGGCAGCUUCCAACAAAAUACUAAAAAUACAAUAAAACAUCAAACAUUAAAAACUUCCCCAAACAGGGCUUCCUUCAGGAGGAAGCAGGAACAGAAGACUAUUGAGAUAAGAAAGUAUAGAGAGGCAACACCCAUGGCAAAACGAACAGCAAAAAGAAGGUGGUAUUCAAGACCCAGGAAAGAAGUUGGAAGAGAAACUGGGGCUGGCUCCUAAAUUACACCACACCCAUUUCCAUAAUUUGGUGGGCAUCUCCUUCCCUCCCCCCAGUCUAUAAUAAAGAUAAAGUAGCAAUAUAGAACACAGCAUUAAAGUUUUGUGCUACUGGUUAAAAAGCACAUAGGUGAAGGAAAACUUCUGGAUUUGUUUUCACAAACAACAUUUUCUAUUCUGCAAGAUAAAAUAUUUUUGUGAAAUGAAUCUCUGUUUCUCCAGAGGAAUAUAUAUAUACUCAUACAAACUGACAUUUUAAAUUAUAUUACAGGCUUUUCGCGAAGGUUCUAGGAAGUCUUCAAGAGUAAAGGUAAAACUUUUGUGCUAAAUUCUUGCUGCUGUUUGGUUUCGGACAAUGAACCAUAAAUUUGUCAUCCAUUUUGUCCAUUAUUAUAGGGGAUUCAGAAGAGUCAGGGGGCUGGUUCACAAUUCCUGCCUUUCAAAAAGUAAUGCUCAAAGUGGUGAUUCAUGAGAGCACUAAAACCAUAAUAAAAACUGUAUAAAAGCAAGCGGCAAAUAAAAUAACAACAAAUAUCCCAAAGAUCUACAACACAGUUACAGCAGCAGAAUAUCCAGAAGAUAGCUAAAAAGCACACUAAUGAGCUUCAGGCAGCUUUGUACAGUAUAGACAAAAUGCUUUCUUUAAAAAGGAAGGUUUUCAUCUUGCAGCAAAGCCCAGUAGAAAGUGGGCCUUCCAAAGAAUGAAAUUUGAGUACUGAAGUGCUCAAAAGGGGGCCCUGUCUGAUUCUUGGGGUCGUUGACCUGUGGGAUACCUGGUUUGUCCUCCAGAAGACUCCAUGUCUUGUCUAGGCAUUACAGUAUCCUCAUCCUAAACAGUAAAGGACUUUAAAGGUUAUUCCCACACAUUCAGUUGGGCCCAGAAACAAAUUUGAGGCUAUUAACAAAGUAGUUGCAUGCCUCCGAUACCUAGCACCAGUCAACAAUUUGGCCACCACAUUCUGGAUCAGCUGCAGUUUCUGGACACUCUUGGACAUCAUUAUUACAGCAGAGCAAAUGUGAUGCAAGGAAGGCAUGUUUCACCAUUGCCAUACUUGGUUUUCUAGAAUGGACACUGCUGAUGCACCAGCAUAAACUGAGCAGAAGCAUUCCUGGUUGCCACUGUCACUUGGACGUCCAUGCUCAAAGUGGGACCCAGGAGCACUCCCAGAUUGUGAAUUUGACUUUUCGAGGAGUGAUUCCCCCAUGCAGUAAGCAUUAAACUCCUAUUCCUAGAUUGACAUUCUUAACUGAUCUGGAGCACCUCUAUCUUGCCUGGAUUAAAUGUCAGUCUGUUUGCCCUCAUCCAGUCCGUUACUGACUUGGAUUGCAAUUCAUGUCCACAGCCUAGGACUAGGUGAAAAGGAGAAUUAAAGUUAAGCGCUAGCCAAAUACUAAUGGCAUUGCACUCUUAUCUCCUAACAACCUCUCCCAGCAGUUUUCUGUUGAUGUUAAACUGCUUUGAGUGACACUAGAAGAACCGAGAGAAGUCAGUAUCCAAGGAAUCGAACAGGAAUCUAUCCCCUGGGACCCACAAUAAAAUAGUUCAACACAAUCCCAUGCUGGCCAGUACAUCCAGAAGGCAACAGAAUGCUCGCCAUGGUGCAGGUGGCACGUGAAACCAAGGCAGUCAGCUUUGUUUUCAGUUUAGCAAUGGGUGUCUAGUGUCAAAUUAGCCACCAAGCAUUAUAAGCUGAUUUGCUGUUCCUUAACUGAAUAGCAUGGGGAUUUAAAUAGCUAAUUUCUCCAUACAAAUGCAUACUGAACUCAACAUUCAGGACUUGUGUGUCUGUUCUAUCCAUCUUAAUUGUACCCUACACUUCUCAGCCAAGGCCCAACUCCCCAAGAGGUUCGGACAGUGGCAGUAAGAGAAAGGGCCUUUUCUGUGGUGGCUCUCCAACUGUGGAAUGCUCUCCCCAGAGAGGCUUACUUGCUGCCAUCAUUACAUGUCUUUAAGUGCCAGACAAAAACAAUCCUCUUCAUCCACGCCUUUAGCAAUUAAACAAACAAUGGCCUGUUAAAGCUGUUGGUGGGGGACUGUUACUAUGAAUUUUUUACACAUUUGAUCAAUUUACAAAUUGAUUAGCUAAUUAUUUGGCUGCAGAGUUUUAGUUUCAUACCAGACAUCUUGUCUAAUUUUAUAUAUCUUAACUGUGGUUUAGGGCUCAGCUCCAGAGAUUGAUCCUUCUGAGAGUUCCAACUUUGGAUGGGAAACUAAAAUCAAGGCAUGGAUGGAUCGUUAUGAAGAAGCAAACAACAACCAGUACAGCGAAGGUGUUCAAAGAGAGGCACAAAGAAUAGCUUUGAGAUUAGGAAACGGAGAUGACAAAAAAGAAGUGAUCACCAGCAACUCAGUCUUCAAACCUCCAGUAGAGGUAAGUGAAAAUACAUUCAACGCAACACCAGUCUUUUAUAAUAACAACAUAGCACUCAGGUUUUGCAUUUCUCUAAGCAGAAACAUAGUUCAAUAUGUUGAUACCACAUCUCCUGUAUUUUUAGUACAGGAAAACCUCCUUGUUUAUUGAUUUUACAUUCUGAAGUACUCAACAGUUAAUGAGGACCAGGUUACCAGUUAUGACCAUCAAUUUUCAACAUUUUGAAUUUAACUGUCAGAUCACUACUGCAGAUGUCUGUUUUUCAGCUUUCCUGUUAAAACUUAUUUUUUAAACAAUGUUAGCAAUUCGUCAUAAUCUAAAUUACUCAAGUCUACCCGCAGAACAGCUGCAAUGCCAGCUAAAACCCAUCCCUUCCUUUGCCAGCUUCCCCACAAAAGCUUCUCCAGGGGGUAAGGGGACCUUGCUGAAUAGGCUGGACUGUGGUUAGUAGAAAGGGGGAUCCCCAAAAAUCACUAAGAUACACAUUUACAGUUCAGGAUAAUGUUCAAUAUGUAGCUAUACAAUACUAAAAUGGUUCUGGAAUGAGCUUCUUUGUGCCGGGAGGAAGCACAGACAGUAUUUGAUUCAGUGCCAGCUUUUAGGGCUGCUGUUAGAUACAUGGACAUGGCUUCCCUUAACAUUAUUAACAAUUUAAAUGUAAAUGGGAGAAAAUAGACUCUUUGGGUUGCUGUUACCUAGUGGGUACAGGGACGCGCGUAGUGCUGUGGGUUAAACCACAGAGCCUAGGACUUGCUGAUCAGAAGGUUGGCGGUUCGAAUCCCCGCGACGGGGUGAGCUCUCGUUGCUCGAUCCCAUCUCCUGCCAACCUAGCAGUUCGACAGCACGUCAAAGUGCAAGUAGAUAAAUAGGUACUGCUCCGGCGGGAAGGUAAACGGCGUUUCCGUGCGCUGUUCUGGUUCGCCAGAAGCGGCUUAGUCAUGCUGGCCACAUGACCCGGAAGCUGUACGCUGGCUCCCUCGGCCAAUAAAGCAAGAUGAGCGCCGCAACCCCAGAGUCAGCCACAACUGGACCUAAUGGUCAGGGGUCCCUUUACCUUUUUACCUAGUGGGUAGCUUUGCUAUGCAUUUUUGUAUUUUUAUGUCUUGGGAAGCAGUUUAAUGAUUGCAGUUGCCUCAACUUCAACUUUUUACUCGCCUCUCCGCCACUGUUAAUUCCAGUGGAACUUUACAACUGUAUUCUGAUGCAGUACAGUUACUGUCACUUCAACCAAGAUUUUAAGUAAGUAAUGAAGGCAAAAGCAUAUUUCUUCCAAAAUGUGUUUUUAUGUAUCCAAUUUGCCAGUUACAGAAUGGAACAAAUUAUGUUUAUGAAAAGAGAAAAACUGCCACGAGUUAACUUUUGAUGAAAAAAUCCUGUUACUAUUAUGGAAAGGUAGUUAAGGUUAUUUGGUCAAAUAUGCCAACUAAUAAGUAGGGUUAAGUGCCUUGGUGUCCUGGGCAGUCCACUUCUUUAUUCAGAAAAACGGGUUUAAUGGUGUGUACAGGAAAAUAAUAAAACAGUGUCCAUAGAUCUGACACAAUUUGAACAGCUUCCAUUUCCUCUUUGAUACAAUGUUUACUCUUGGUAACGCAAUUAGCCAAAUCAUCUUGUGUGGUCUUGGAAGAUCCAGUUUGACUCUUAGUAAAAAGUAGAAACUGUUUUCCCUAUUCUUAAUUUUUUGUACACAUCUUUUAAAAACAAAAAGGAACACAGUCUCUGUCUUUUAAACAUCUAGGUUCAGAGAAAUGUUCAAGUAUAAAUACUAAUUUCUUAAAGUAAAAUACCCCUUUGAUAUAGCAUUACAACUUCCAUUCAGAGAGAAUAUUAAUACUUUAAAAUGAUACAAAUUGGCACUUUACUGCCUUUACUGAACUUUUAGCCCAAGGAAGCAAUUUCUAAAUCCUCUGUUGUUUUAAUUAUCAGUACACAUCUGGCCAUUAAAUCCUUAUAAAGAAAAGUGCACCAUCUAAUUUAACUACAAUAUUAACAAGGACAAUUAUUUCCAAUAUAAACAAAAAGUAAAAUGUAAACUACUGUAAUCUGUUAGGUACUGUAAAUAUCCCAACAUUUCCAUUUUUCCAGCACCCCAUUCUUUACACAUACUGGCAAAUAAGGAGGCACUUUGUAUACUUUGUACUCCGUAUGCUAUACCAGUACGCUUAAAAAGUACAUUGUUUGAUGAAUGGCAAACAUGGAGAUAGUCACAUCACCUAAUAAUGUAUAGUAGUUCCAUUCAUUGUGUGCUUGUGGUUUACCAAUGUCAGCCGCUUAAGAACUGACUGGAAAGUUCCUGUCCCUAGCAGAGCCUGUUGCCUUUUGUACCACCUAGAUGUUAGGUUAAUCCACCUUGAAAAUGUCAUGUGGUAUUUCCUCCAAACCCUGAGCAAAUAAUUUGUCAGUAAGUUGCAAGAGAGAGAGUAGACUACAAAAUGGCACCAUCAGCCGCCUGCCAUGCAGUCUAUGGAAGGAAUCUGCAAGCUGUUUGAUAGAUUAAUGUUGUUAGAGAGAGACUAAGCAUAAAGGAAAAGUUACAUUCUCAGAUCUUGUAAUAAGAAGCAUCUUUGCUUCUUUCCCUCUAGCAUCAGCAUGGCGCACGUGACGCACUCCUUGGAGGAAUGUCCCUGCUUGCAGAGACCUUCGCCUAGAUAUAGGCCAAUUCUCUUUUGCUCAGAAGUGACACAAUUACAAGAGGUGUGAGUUCCUUAGUUGUUGUGUCAAGAGUACAGUAAGAUUUUGCUUAGAAAGGUGUAUUCCCACCUGAGGCUAUUGAAAUGCACCAGAAGUUUCCUUUUCCUAGAAAUCAGCAUGUUGACAUUUUCGUCAAAAUGCCUCUUACUUGGCAUCUGUCCUUCUGCUCUUGCCAGCAGAUUAGAGAAAAGACUGCAUAUUUCGUGUGUUGUCAUUACUUGCGCACACCAGUUUCUAGCCUUUUUAACCAGAGGGUUUGAAACAUCUUUUGAGGAAGGGGUUCCCUAGUAUACUUUGAAAGACUUGUAUUGGUUUUCAUUUUUUAGAUACUGUGGUGUCGUUGUUUUCCCCAAAAUGUAAAAUGUCUACAUAAAUAUAAUACUGAAUUUUAUGGUAGGAAUAAAGUCAAUUAGCUUUUAAAAAGAAAGAAUAUCAUUGAAAUUACCAAGUUGCUCCUUAAAGUUGUAUGUUAUAAUCUGGUUUCUUAAUAGCACUAAUGCAAUCAGCUUAAUUAGAUUUCUUACAUUUUUCUUUUCUUCUUCUAGAGCUAUAUUCAAAAAAAUAAGAAAAUCCUAAAAGCUGCCAAAGACUUGCCUCCAGAUGCACUUAUUAUUGAAUAUCGAGGAAAGUUCAUGCUGAGAGAACAAUUUGAAGCUAAUGGAUAUUUCUUUAAGAGGUACUUUUCUUUAAAAUCUAGCUUUAAUUACCUAUGAUCCUACAGUUAUUCUUUUGUUUUUCUCUCUGCUUCUGGCAAAUCUUGCAUUUUUAUUGCCCUGAGAAUGCAACUGCGCCUUCCGGUCUUUCAUUACUUCACAUCUCAACCCACUUACCUUUGAAUAUUCAGCAGCUAAGAUUGUUCACUUGGGCUGCUAUCCUGUACAUACUGCCUUGGCAGUAGGCUCCAUUGAACUCAGUGGGGUUUCCUUCUGAGUUGGCUGACAUAGGAUUGCAGAGUUAGUCCAUCCCUUUGACAGUGUUACCCCAGUGUUGUGACAGGCUCUUCACAGCACAGUUUUGCCUCACCCAGUCUUUUCCAUGUUUCUCACUUCAGCUCUUUGUCAUUAGACUUCAGCUGGCUGCCAUCUUCGGAGCCCUCCUCUUUCAGUUUACUUCAUUCAUUCUUCUUCUUUUUGCCUGGUACCCUUACAUAAUCCCCUUGUCUUUUGCCACAUCUCUCUCCCCUUUCAAGAUGAUAAUGACUGUUCGGAAGAAACUGAGUAAUUGCCUAGUUAAUGCUGCGCUUUAACACUGAACAAGAUAGGAAGGAAAGGUUACUUCAGAGAAGAAGAACUGGCAUCAGGGACCCUCACUGCCCCCUAGUGUGCCAUAUUGCAUGAGCUGGCAGUGAUCCUCACAGGGAUUAACACAGUUCCCUUGUGGGUCUCAUACACUUAGAAAAGCCCUUGAAGGGGAAGCACAUAUGUCUUUGUAUUCACCUACAGUCUUGACAUGUUACAUUGCUUUUUGUCUAUUUAAACAGGUACAUCUUCCUGUAUCUAGCCUUCAAGCACGUAGGAAUACACAAAGCUUGCUUCCCUUGUCCAAUGGGACGUGGCUUCAUGCUUCCUCCUUUACAAUGCCACACACAUGUAGGAUGCUCUAUAAUAGUGAUUUUCUUCCCCUGCCUAAGAUUUACCUGGGGUUGAAGCAGUCUGUAUAAAACAAUGUCCUAGUGGAAAUGUAAUGUUUGAAAGCUUAACAGCUAAAAGUGGGGACGUAAAAGCUAAAAAGAGCUCCAAAACUGCCUCCUUUAAAAUCUCUGACUCUUACCUACUUUGGCUCUUCUUCUAAAGCAUUUCUGUCUUUACCAUAUUGGCCUUCCUCAUCAAGCUGAUAGUCUGCUACAAAUAAAGAUGCGGGACGUGGAUGGUGCUGUGGUCUAAACCACUGAGCCUCUUGGUCUUGCCAGUCAGAAGGUUGGCGGUUUGAAUCCCUGCAAUGGAGUGAGCUCUGUCCCAGCUCCUGCCAACCUAGCAGUUUGAAAGCAUGCCAGUGCAAGUAGAUAAAUAGGUACUGCUGUGGCAGGAAAGUAAACAACAUUUCCGUGUGCUCUGGCUUCCAUCACUGCGUUCUGAUGCACCAGAAGCAGUUUAGUCAUGCUGGCCACAUGACCCGGAAAGCUGUUUGUGGACAAACACCAGCUCCCUUGGCCUGAAAGCAAGAUGAGCACUGCACCCCAUAGUCAACUUUGACUGGACUUAACCGUGGGGGUCCUUUAUCUUACCUUUACCUUUUACAAAUAAAGAGCACAAGCCAGCAAGCUACCUAGCAUCAUAAGUACCUGCAGGAAAAGGAAACCAUUCAGUAAAAACAAUUCCAGAUGAGGUAUUCAAAUAUUCACAGGAAAUCUGAAAAUAAAAAGAAAGAUCCCACCAAGGGUUAACAGCCAGUCUGACCUAAGAGCAAAAAGAAGAAUCCUAAAUAUGGCAAUUUGAGUUAUUGUGAAAGCAAGCUUGUGCCAUUAAUAUUCUCUAAUAGACCUUGCCAAGGAAAUGAAUUGUCCCCAUCAAAUACCCUCUCUCUACUUCUGGGUGUCUGAUUAUAUCUUGGAUGAUGACCAGGAAAUUUCUGAAAGUUUGGGAUUCUUAUUGCACUCAGUACAGCAUGGCUAAAUAGGGUCACUAUUUUAAGAACAUUUAAUUAAAAGAUCAAGCCAGCUUUAAGAUCAAGGCAACAUCAUGCCAAUUUUAAUUAUGGGAAAUCCUUGUAGUUGCAUAGUGAAUCUAAAAAGCAAUUUGUGUACCUGAUGGAAUAAUAUUUGUUUCUACCAGCUGGAAAUGAAGUUUGUUUACUCAGAAGGAAGUCCUUCUUUGUUCAGUAGGACUUACUUCAAAUCUGCAUAGGAUUGCAGUCAAAGAGGGAGAAAGGAUCAGCUAACAUCUUGAAACACAGGAGAAAUUCAACAUUGUGCUAUUGCAAACAUUCCAUCAGCGGAAGCAUUUCUGCUUUCCCAGUGGAAAAGUCUCUCUUUCCCUCCUCAUAUACGCUGUUCUGGGGCUUCCCACAAACCCCAGCCCAAUUUUAGGGGUGCAGCAGGGUGAGAAGAGUGGGAGAAGUCCUUUUAUGGGAAUUCGCUAUUGUUGACAGUUAGCUCAAUCCAGCUCACAGAAACAUAUUUCCCUAUUUUUUCAGAAUUUUCCAAAUGUUUGAAAAACUAAUUUUAUAUGUGUUUAACGCAACAGUGGUGAUAUGUCUUUGCUGGUUUUUUUAACUCCUUUAGGCCAUACCCGUUUGUUCUAUUCUAUUCUAAAUUCCACGGGCUAGAAAUGUGUGUGGAUGCAAGAACCUUUGGGAAUGAAGCUCGAUUUAUCAGACGUUCUUGUACACCUAAUGCUGAGGUAGGCUUGCAAGUUUUAAAAUAUUUCGUAGUAAAUCUUUUGCUGAGGGUGGCAGAAUACAAUUUGACUGUGUAUACAUAUUUUCUGGUAAUGAAAUAGCAGCUCAGUAAAUUAAAAACAUUCAUUGAAUAUAUUCAACAUAAAGUUCCAGAACAUUAGUGUUGCUAGUUUAAAAUGAAGGCAAGGACAGUUGCUGUCAUUUCACAGUAUGCCUUUGUAAUCGUAAAGUGUUAUAAAUAUUUCCAAAGGUGCUAUUUUCAGGAUUCUCCAAUUAAGUCUAAAAGAGGAAUACAUAUUACUUAGUUGAAAUCCUCAUAUAUUAUGCCUCCACUUAAUUGUAUUGGUAAGGGUGUGGAAACAGAAGGUCUGUUUUUAAUUUUUUAACUUAAAGGACCUGACCUGGACAGAUUUUGCAUAUGUGGGACAAAAUAUGCUCUUUUGAUCUAUGCACUAGGAUAUAGAAGACAACCACUUUAAAGUGAUACAUGAUUUUUGCAACAUCCCACUAUAUCCAGAAAACUGUUUUCCUAUAUUCAUGUGCAAAGUCUAAAGAAAUUUAUUGGAAUACUGUAAAUUUGUCUGUAAGCAGUGGAAUGGGCUAUAUAUAUCUUUAUAACUUACAUAAGUUGAUAGUAAUGAUUACUAUUUCAGUUGAGUGUUUCUGAACAGAGGCCUUUACCAAAGAAACAGUAACUGAUUAAAGUACUUCGGUGGAACAAGUCUACAAUUUUUGUUUCCAAAUAUAUUAAAAACUGUUUAAAUAUGUUAUUUUUCUGUGUUUAGGUUAGACAUGCCAUUGAAGAUGGAACCAUUCAUCUUUAUAUCUACUCCAUCCAAAACAUUCCAAAGGGAACAGAAAUAACUAUUGCAUUCGAUUUUGAUUAUGGAAAUUGGUAAGUCAGUUUGGGCACCAAAUAUUAGGACUGAGUUGUCAGAUAUGAAAUUGGUUUGUUAUUGUUAAUCAAGUGGUCUCCAUUCAUUUACAUUUUUUAAAGAUUACAAUAAUAGGAUGCCAUUAAAAUGCAGUGUUCUUAAACCCCACAAUUUAACAGAGAAUCUGACGUUGCUGUGAUUCAUAUCACAUUAGAAUUGCAGGAUCAGACAUGUACAUGUAACUAGCACAUGUACUAGUUAUGAAUGCUGCUGGUAAGAUUAUCAUUCCACCGAACACUGCGGAGUUUAAUUCAGAGUAAGCCUACAGAGGAUUGGGCUGCAUAGAAAGCAGUUCAGUGCAAAUGCUUUUUACAAAGUUUUUCCAUAUUUCAUUUUUUUAUUAUUAUUUUUAGCAAAUACAAAGUGGACUGUGCUUGUUUGAAAGAAAAUCCUGAAUGCCCAGUACUUAAGCGAGGCUCUGAACCUACAGAAAACAUAAAUACUGGAUAUGAUACUAGAAGAAAAAAGGGCAGAAAAGAGAGAGAAGCUUCAAAAGAGAAGGAGAUUCAAAACCAGAACAUCACCUUGGAUUGUGAAGGAGCAGCCACCAAAACAAAGUUUCCAGACAACAGACAGAGAAAGCUUUCUCCCCUUAGGCUAUCAAUCUCAAAUAAUCAGGUAUUCCAGCAUAUUUAAAAUUAAACACAUGACUCUGAAGCUUCCCAUUUCCUUCAGGGUGGUGGUUGGGGCAACUCCCAAGAGCACAGAUUUUGUGGGCCAAGACGCCGUAUGCAAAUAUAAAACUCCCAAACCUUCAAGGAACUGCUGGCUUGGGGCAUGGGGGUGGGGUUAUAUUAAUUGGAUGGCUUUGUAGAAGGUACCUCAUCUUGAAUUUUUAAAAAUUAACUUGUUGAACAGCAUCAGAAUACUUUUCAGAUCACAAAUGUAAGAACAUCAUGCUGUGCCUUGGGAUCCAGGAUCUUACCAGGGUUUGUAGGCUGGUAGCAUUUAUAUUUCAUAGUUCAGAUAUAACACAAGGGUAGGGAACUGUGGCCCCUCCAAAUGAUAGACUCCAACUCCCAUGAGCCCCAGCCUACACAGCCAAUGGUUAGGGAUGGUGGGAAUCAUAAUGCAGUAACAUCUAGAAGGCCACAGGUUCCCCACUCAUGAUACAAGCAGCUGUUGAUAAGAAGUAACAUUAUUUGUGUCACAUAGGUCAUAGGAUGUUAACUUAAAAAAAAAAAUCCUUACAAAGCAUUUAUUUGUUGGAUUGGCAAAUGCAGGAGGGGUUGUUUACACAGUAAUGUUUCUUUCCUUGGACAUGGCUGAAAAUUCACUUCCACCUAAGGAAUGGAACAGGAGCAUGAUGUGUAGGUUGAGGAUUAGAUGAAUUUGAAGCGAUCAUUAGUUGUACUUGUUGCUUUUCCAUUUUCCUCGCAAGGCACAGCAAAUGAUUCCUUACAGAUACUGAUCUGCAGAGUCAAGUUACCAUUGUUUUGCUUAGGGCAUAUCUGCACAUAUCUAUGGAAUAGGAGCCGUUCUCUUGCCACAUGGGUAUACUAGCUAUUCUGUGGCAGCUGUCGGAGAUAUUCAGUGUCCCACUUUUUAAAAAAAAAAAGUUUAGAUUGGUUUUUAUAUUCCAUCAAACCCAUUGAAAACAACAAAAUCCUUGGGAGACUGUGCAUGCCAGGAAAACCUACUGUAUGGCACAACACUGCCAUAGUCCUCUAGAAAUCCUCUAGGGUAAAAUCUGUUUUUGUACUGUUUUUUUCGGGGGGGGGGUGGAGUUGCACUCAUAUAUUUUCAACUUUUGGGAAGCCUGGUACCUCAACCACAGAAUUGUAAUGAAGAGUGGUCAUCUGUGCCCCAAGUAAUAUUCCCGUCAGGAGUAUCUUGUAUUUGUAAUCAUUUUCUGCACCCUUAAAACAUCUAGUAGUUGUGAAAAUUGGCUUUACGUGUCUGAAAACCUGCUUUUGAGGGUAGGAUUCAUCACAUCAAGUACUUAAAAACUUUUUAAAAGGAUCAAGCAGCUAGUAUUAUUGACUGCUCUGUGAUAAAAUAGAAAUUUUCCAUUAGGCAAUUUUAUGCACAUACUAGGCAUGCAGUCCUAGAGACACUUGGGAGUAAGCCCUACUGGUUUCAGUGGGACUUUACUUCUGAGUAGACAUGUAUGGGAUUGUACUGUAAAGGAACAAAUAUUUUAAAAAACCUAGACUAAUAGUGGAUUAGCAAAGUUGCAUAUAUAUUAUUAACUUUGAGGUGAUGUUCUAGAAGUAACCCAAACAAAGAUUGUCGUGCCAAUUUUGGAGGCUAAACUGCCUACAUUAAAUCCUAGUUUCUUUUUUAUUGUUAAAGCAGCUGACAGAUUCAGGACACUUGUCUGACUGUACUAGCUUGCAUGUGUUCAUACAAAUUAGUACUAAAACAUAUUUGGUUAUUUCUUUAGUUGGCAAAAAAAGAUGCUUUAGUCACUGGAUAUUUAUUUCUAGAUGUAUGAAAGUUUGAAUCGUUGCUUUUGCAUGUUAUUAUGGCUAAUUGGUUGGCUGCUUUUGCAGUGGUGAUGCGAGGCUUUUUAUGGUACAAUUCUAUAUACAUGUCUACUCAGAAGUAAGCCCCACUGAAUUCAGUAGGACUUCUUCCCAGGUAAGUGAGUAUAGAAUUGCAGCAUAAGUAUCAUAUAGUAUUUGGAGUUCCCUCGGUUAUAGCAGCAGUAGUAGUAGAGCUUCUGUAAAGCAGUCAUUUCCAUCUUUCAGGAGCCAGAUUUUAUUGAUGAUAUAGAAGAAAAAACUCCUAUUAGCAAUGAAGUAGAAAUGGAAUCAGAGGAGCAGAUUGCAGAAAGGAAAAGGAAGAUGGUAAGUUGGGAAGCUAGUAGCUGCUUAAAGCUGUCACUACAGAUUGGUGACAGCUGCUCUUCCCAUGCUAAUCGUUGCUGCCUCUCUUAGGUGUUUAGUGUUUGAGAAUAUUUGAAAUCUGCUCCUGAUACAUGCUAACAAUAUCUAAAACUUGAGUCUGUGUGUUUCUAUUUUUGGCUUGAGUGUUACUUUCUGAAAAAGGGCUGUGUGUGUUUGCGUGCGCGUGCGCUUUCUUGGGAGUUUACAUAUUCUUGAUUUUGCGCUGCUGAAGUCUUGUUGCAGAUCAAAGAAUGAACUUUCUCUACCUUGAGAUAAGAUAAAAUCCCAGUAUUUUCCAUAAGUGAUCAGCCAAGUUGAGUAGAUGUCUGAAGAUUUGGGGGGGGGGGUCCUCCUCUGUGUAGAUUUAACAAAGAGAACUCAGAUACCUUGCCCCUAAUAAAAAGUUCACAAACUACUUACAUUGCUGUAUGAAUGUUGGCUUAUUUAAUUUUCAAAUAUGGAACUUCAAGCCGGGGCACAGGCACAUCAGAAGGGGUCAGGAAACUGGGAGAAUCCUGACGUAAUGAAACGUGAGGGUUGACUAAGCAGUUGAGAAAGUUUGGAGGAAGACAUAACUGUUCACAGAACUAGCACAAAGCGAGCCGCUGAUACACCUCUUAUUCCCCACCCCCCCUUUCCCUUAAUUUCAUUGUUUUGCUGCUACUAAUGUGGAGACAGCACACCUCUCUCUCUCCUCUGUUCCCCACUCUGAGGUCGGGUGUUCCUCCUUGGCAGGUGGCACUCUGGGAAAGGUGGCCUAGGAGAAUGACUACAUGCUGCCACUUUUCUACAUGAUCACAUGCUGUAAUUGGUUACAUGUCUAGCCAUCCCAUUAUCUCAGGCCACUGCUCCCAGAAUGCCUUGCUCUGAGGAACAACGCCUCCCCUUUCCUUCCUCAGAGCGAUGCAGGGAGGGGCAGGAGCUGUGCAUCCAUAAAACAUUUUCAUUUGGUAAAUCUUCCUUUGGUAAUCUUGCUUCUGCUCAGGGAAAUAAUUAACUGCAUCAGCUUUAAUUUUAAUUUUUAUUGUUUUUCCUUUUUUCUGAUACACAUCAUGUUUUCCUGUCAUACAGUGUUUCUGUACAGACUUCCCAACCUAACACUCCAAUGCAUUCUAGAUAUACCUUGUUUUUUCUGCCUAUCAGUUACUUUACCCCUUCCUCUUUCAUUCCUUGGUUGUAGUUAGCUGUUGCUCAUAAGGUUGCCGCUACUUGGAAUUUGAUUUUGGUAUCAUAUCUUUUUAAAUACUCCCCAAAGCCUUCUCACUUGCCCCUAGUCUAUUUGUUGUUCUGGUUCCUUAUUUUGGGUGUCAUGUUUUCUAAUUCUGCAAAUUCUGUCAAUUUAUGCAGCCGUUGUUCUUUCGUAGGAAUUCCUCUUUCUUUCCAAUUUCUAGCAUAUACUAUUCUGGCUGCUGUUGCAUAACACAAUAGAUUACGUGCCUUCAUUGGUAUGUCUUCGCCAAUUAUAGCCAAUAAGAAGGCUUCAGGUUUUGGGUGGAAUGUAAAUUUGAAGAUCUUUUUUAUCUCUUAGAUAUUCUUGGGCGUGUUUACACAACCACCACAUGUGUGUAAAAGAUCCCUCUACUGCAUCAGCUUUAAAGAUCUGUCAGUUAAGUUUGUGUAGGAAUAUAUAUGGGUGAGGGUGGUUAUUACCAAUCACCAAAGUCACUUGCACAACAGUUUUGAGCUAGCACACAAACUAGUAGUUUGAUAAUUUAAAGAUGUUUCUGUUCUGUUGGCAGUUUCCUUGAGUGAGGAGGCCUCAUUUUUUAGGUCUCUGGAAAGAGAGGCUUAUAAUGUAAUAUACGAAGGGACGUUAAUAGGAAUUGCAAAAGUGUGAACGCUGCUGAGUGUUAUGUGGGUCUUUCAUUAUUCCACUACUCUGGCAUCUGAUUGCAGGGUAGUGCCAUGUUUCUGAUGAAAGUUCAUAUUGCCUAUACUAGGAUGUUAUAUUCACCUGUGGCAUCAGCAUUUAUUUUAUGCUGUAUCUUGAUCAUGUUAAAUUGAUUCAUGUACUACCUUUUCUAGAAGUUCUAGCUUCUGAGUUAUCUUUUAAUAUACCGUUAAUAUUUAAAUGAUUCCUUGUCAUAAGGAAAAAUACUGGUGCUAAGAAAAACCUGUGAUGAAAGUAGCCUGUUUUCUCUGUGUUUCAGUAGCACAAGGAUUAAAAACAGUAGGCAAAUCUUGGGUCUUCAGCUGCUUUGUGCAACAGAAGAUAAUACAUGCUAUAACCCUUUUUUUAAUGUUCCUCCAAGUUCCAGUUAAUCAUUUUCACCUGUAUAAGGGUGAAGAGGGAUCAUGUUCCGUGAUGAAAUUUUUGUUCUUAUAUGGGGGAGUGGUAUUAUGAAUAGGCCACAUGCAAUUUAAGGGGAGUAAGUUAGGAGGUCCUCCACCUUUAUUGGUGAAAAGCUAUGAAAAUCAUGUUACCACCAAGCAUGACACAGAAUUUCCAGUCAUACUACCUUUAUAUAAUGCAUUUAUUAUCUGGAAAUGAAUUGGGAGCCCUACAGGGCACAGCAUGACCUUGUAACAAAGUGAUGAAACAGAACCAGUGUUAUCCUUCACCACUGGAGACAUGGGAGCCCUGACUGCAGAAUGCAAAAAUGCAAACACUGUGAGGUAGUAGCUAAACUCUGUUAUCUUAAGUUGUGACCUGUCUCUCUAGUCUAGAGAAAUAGAGCAGACUUGGCUAGUUCUUCUCCCUAUAGCUAGGUGUACCAGCUGCAUGGCUUAGCUGCCUUGACUAUUAACAAGAGCGUUUGGAAGGUACUUGCUGAUAAACAUCAAAGUGAGAUGGGGGCGCACAACACUUCCUAGCUUGCCAGGACAAAGAAACAAAAAUGUUAAGGCAACUUUGUACCUGAGGCUGAUACUUCCUCGGCUUCAUGCAAUGACGUGUAGGAACUGCUUCCUGGAACUUUUAAGACCUUUCUUAGCAGGUACAGAUCCCACCAAUCCUGGUGGAGAUCUUUGCAAUUCUAUCGGUAUAAAACCACAUAGAAAUAUUGCUGAAGUAAAGUGUUUUGACACACACUCCUGAGGCUCUGUUGAAGGCGCACGGGGCCUGUUCCUGUGUGUGGUCCCUAGUUACAGUGGAAAUUUUGUUUGAUUCCUUGUAGUGUGAUGCCAUCUCUCCCAGGAACAUAUGCCACUGCUUCUCAUCACUUGAAAGAUCCCUGGUAGUUCAGCGAUGAUUUACUUUCAUUUUUCCCUUCCCUUCACUUUGUUGUCUUAUGAAAGAGUGAUGAAAGAGUGAUAAGUUAAGAGCAAAGACUCAUUAAAAUUGGAUCCAUGAAUGCAGGGAUCUGGUGAGUUAUUGGUGAUGCAUAAAGUGCCUGUUGGAGGUCCCCUGGCUUACAUAAUCAAAUAAUAGUUUGAAUAAUAUUGUUCAUUCUUAAGACUACUAAAAAAAAAUGGUAAAGUCAAUAUAAUGGAUAAAAAAUUGGAAUGCUUUGUCAUAUUAGAUGACACUUAAAUAGAAAUUGGGAUGAUAAGGUCUUCUGGAACAAAAUUUAUUUUUACACAUCAGUAGAGAACAGCCAGUGCACUAAAAUGCUCCUUAUCAUCAUGCAUUACUUUUCACCAUUUUGAGGAACAGAAGUUGGCAUUUUGACUGGGCACCUUAUGCCUUACUAACAUGUGAAAACGUUGCAUAGCAGGUUUAAAUGAAUGCAUUUCUCAUGUUCUAAGAAGUCUAAACCCCAGUAUCCCACCAUCACAGAUUAAUGUUGUCUGUCUGUACAGGCUCUGGUACACUCAGCGGAAUUUGACGAGGAGCAAAAUUACACUUUGUUAACUGUAAAUUAUAAACAGGUGUUUAUAAAAUAGUGUAUUUUUAAAAAAAUCAUGGAAAGAUGCUUUUUCAUUCAACACAGGUUCAAACGGGAAGAUAGCAAUAUUGAUUUAAAAUUGGGUAUAAUACAGUUUUAAAACAGCAUUUUUCAUAUAGACGUGCACAGAAAAUGUACAUCAUAUACUUUCAUUGCAUCUUAUUCUGUUAAAAAUAUUAAUAAGCUUAUUGUAUUUUAAUUCCAGUUAAUAUUCUUCUUUCUGUACCGUAUAAGGAAUUGACUGAAAUUUAUGAGUAAAUAUGGUGCUUGCACUAAUACAUAGCUGUUUAUUGGCAGGUGUGUACCUAAUUUGUUUUAUUUUGCUCCAAGUUAAAAAAAACCACAGUGCCGUGCCUGAGUGUCAAACAUCAGUAUAUAAGCUAGUAUAUAAUGAUAGCGCCGAUCCUGUAACUUGUUUUGGCCGUUGUGCAGAAACAGUUGGAACAUGGCUAAGUUUUAUGUACUUUUAUUUUAUCUUCAGCAUACAUUGCUUAAAAAUUAAUGUUGCUUAAUUCUUCAGACCAGAGAAGAACGGAAAAUGGAAGCCAUUCUUCAAGCUUUUGCCAGGCUAGAAAAAAGAGAAAAAAGAAGAGAGCAGGCUUUGGAAAGAAUUAGUACAGCUAAAACCGAAAUUAAACCUGAAUGCAAGGAAACGCAGAUCAUCAACGAAACAGAAUUUGUACAGGUAGUGACAUAUAACUUUAUUAAGUUUAAGCUGACUUGAAAGAUUAAGCUUUUCUGUUUAUGUGAUUUGGGCAACACUUUGCUGCUAUAAGCAGCUUUCUUUCACAUCAUCAAGGCUUUGUGUUGACCCAAAAGAGUGCCUUCAAAAUCCCUUAUAAAACUCAAGACUUCUGAAAUGGUACUUGGAACAAUUUGCAUAUUGUUAAAAGAAGACUGUCAUUAUGCGAUACCAAAGUUGCCUCAUCCAUUGCUGAAAAUGAAUAUUUUGGGAUAGGGGGAAAUCACAUUAAAAAUCACUUUCAAAUAUGUACUUACUAUUGGAAAAAUUUCAGAGCGGUUAUUCUUUCUAGCUAUACAAGGUAUGCAGUUUAUCUGACGUUGGUGUUUCAUGCAUUUUACAAGGAACCAGCAAAAGAGGAAACUGCCACUAAGCCAACCCCUGCCAAAGUCAAUAGGACAAAACAGAGAAAAAGUUUCUCUCGGAGCAGAACUCAUAUUGGACAGCAGCGGAGAAGGCACAGAACUGUUAGCAUGUGUUCAGAUAUUCAACCAUCCUCUCCUGAUGUGGAAGUUAGUUCACAGCACAAUGAGCCUGAAAACACUGCACUUUCAGCUGAGCCUGAAACUGAGACAACUGUUCCUGAAAUAGUUCCUGAACCAGAACCCCCAGCACUUAACAAAUGCCCUACUAAAUAUCCUAAAACAAAAAAGGUAAGUGUAUUUCUAAGCUUAAACGGAUACUUUCAUUUGUGUAUUAAAUGUCUGCUGUGAUGUUCUUUGCAAAGCAGCUCAGGGCAGCAUUUAAGCAGGAAUAUACUGGUUAUCAGCUCUGUUUUGGGAUGAGGAGGAGGAGGGAGUGGCAGUGGUUUCUUGUUUGAGCAAGUGCAGUAAUGCAGGGGUACCACAAGAAGACCUUGCAGGGUUCUGAGAUGCGUUGUUUAAAGAAGGCAAGCGUGCUUUCUUCCUCUUGUACACUCACUUCCCCUAGGAAAAAUAGGGAGGAACCUGGAUGCUAGAAGGCAGAAGAUGAGACAGAGUCUCUGGUAGGAAACCUUGGGUAAGGAUCAGGGGCCCCUGUUAACAGGAGGGGGGCCCCACCCCCCAUCCAAGACACCAGAAUGCCAUCAUGAGAUGGGUAAAUAGGGAGAGGUGCAAGACAUUGGAGAGACCUCAAAAAAGCAACAAAAUAUGUUAAGGUAGGUCUGCACAAAGCCCAAGAAACCUAAGUGAAGACCUCUGGGUGGUGGGACUACUCCGUCUCCAAUGAUUUUGGGCAGGGAAUGCUGACUUAAUUUUUGAAGUCAGAAAAUGAAGGGAAGGCUAUAAGGUCUCCAUACUUCCUGAUACCACCCAGGAGUUACCCUCCUAUCUAGGAGAAGUGAAUGCAAUGACUUUCAGGGUAGGGAAGAUCACAACACUGAAUUAUUGCACCUUAAGGGGCAUACGUCAUGAUUUGAGUGUCUGUCUGGAAGCAGGAACAGUUGACAUCUCUUAUUUUGUCCUAUAGGAUGCAUCUCCUGUGAGGACUCCUAGGUCUGGAGUUUGCCUUCCACUGAGAGGGAGAAAACACAGCAUAGCCUCCCUAUGAAGAUAUUGAAAGAGCUCAUGUUAGGCUUUUUCUGUGAAACCGUAGGCCAUGGCAUUGCUAACAGUCAGUAGUUUUCUUGGGUUGGGUUUGCUUUCAGUUGCUGCUAGCUUGGAAGGAAAUAGUGAUCUAGGUGUCACAGAAAUAGAGCCAGUUCAGUAGUCAUAUUGUUUUUCAGCGCUUCUUUUCCACUAAGUAGAAACAAAAUCCUAAAAAGGGAAAUGAAAGUUUGUGGCCAUCUUUUAACUGCGGGAUUGCUCCAGUUCAGUGCAUGCAGAGCAUCUAUGGAGGGGUUUCUAUAGUAGUCUGGUUUCCCUCUUCCUCUAUGGUACAUAUGCAUGGAUGUUCAGCAUACCUGAGCAUUCCGGGAAGCCUAUAUCCCAGUCCAGCCUCUCCCUUCUCAAUUCAUUCAGGGAACACAUUCCUUGCAGCUCACAUUCCUUGACCAGAAGGAUGGGAAGGGCUGGACACAAAUUUGUGAGGUAUGUCUCCCAUUCCCUAUAAUGACCAGGCAUAUUCUUUUGUGUGCAUGCCACCAGCUGUAGAUUUAUUGUUUGUAAUAUUUUUGUUUCUAUCCUGCCUUUCUGUGUAAAAUACCCAAGGCAACUAACAAAAACAAAACUGUUAAAUGAAGUGAAUGCAGCACAACAGCACAGCAAUAUUAAAUAAUGCAAUAUUACCAGUAAAUAAUAGGUAAGGAUUCUGCCAUAGCCCCAGAGGCCUCUAAAUUAAGAGGGGGCUUUCAUCAGAAGACCAGAGAGAAACAGGCAGGUUUCUUGAGGAGAGAGUUCUAGAGGCUGCAGUAACAACCGGGAAAUAUGUUUCCGAUGUUUACAACAGCAGCUACAUACGGAUAGCAUGUCGCAGUAGCCCAGUGUGGAUAUUAACAAGGCUUGAGUAACUGGAUAAAUUGAAAGGGUGGUCUAUUCCUGGUCACUGCUGCCACCUGAACAGCUCCAGGAAAUUCCCCUUUUUAAAUUCAAACUUUUCUUAAGAUAAAGAGAUUGAUUGGAACUUCAGAGAGGACAAGCCGCUUGAUCUGGCUUAAACAGUCCAAUCCUGUUCACGUUUACACAGAAAUAAGUCUCACUGAAUUAAGAGUGUGUUUUAGGUUGUUGCCUCAGUGAGCAAAGAAUGGCAGGGCUUGUGUGUGGUAAAAAUGUUGACACCCAUUAGAAAAAAACACAAGGAAAGGCCUCUUGUACAAGAACACCACGCCACCCUGCAUGCAUUUAGACAGAAAAACUUAGGAACAAGUAAAUUAAAAACGAUUGCUGAUGCUUGUAGCACACACAUCACUUAGUUUAAGAAUGCAGGUUGUUUCUCAGUAGCAUUAGUAAAAAAAGCUGACAUCAGCAUCGCUGGCUAAAACUUUUAAACAGUGGCAUUUUACCACAAAUUUACCACUUUCUAGGAUUUGACAGCAAAUCAGCUCUUACCGUCUAGUAUAUUUUACCUUGACACAGCAGCCAUGUCUACACAAUUAAAUGCUGGUUUAAUAAGACAGAAUACGCAUGAGCUCUGGGUACCCACUCACAAUUCCUUCCUGUGAGCAGGGAAACGAGCAAGGAAGCCCCAGUUUCCCCAUUCGAUCAGGAAUUAAGGUUAAUGGCUUUCAAACAAGCUAUAUGAUGCAAAGCCAAGGGUUUAAAGUGGCUUACAAACUUGCUUGUUUAGAAGCCAUUAACCUGAUUGUGCAAACCUGGUCAGUUACUUGGAUUACCAGUGAACCUAUAAACGGUGUGUCUGUGUGCAGUUACAGCUUUCAUUAGUUACUUUAGUAUUUGCACUCUCCCAUAGUACUGAACAUGGUCUUAAUGUACAGUUGAUAACUACCUUCAGCAGAAGGGCUAUGUUGACUUUUCCCUUUUCUGUUUAGCACUUGGUGAGUGAGUGGUUAAGUGAGAAGAACGAGAAGACAGGAAAACCGACGGACAGCCUUUCAGAAAGGCCCCUGCGUAUAACGACAGAUCCUGAGGUUUUGGCUACACAGCUGAAUUCUUUGCCCGGUCUCACUUACAGCCCACAUGUAUAUACUACUCCUAAGCACUAUAUUCGUUUUACAUCGCCAUUCCUUUCGGAAAAGAGGCGCAGAAAAGAACCUGUGGAAAACAUUGGCUCUUGCAAGAAGGUAGUGUUUCCUUUUUGUUUUUCCUACUUUUGAUAUUAAGACAAAUAUCUUGUAAAAUAUCUACAGACUAGAUAAGGCGGGUGGCUACUGGUGAAAGCCUUUUGCAUAGUGCUACCUAUUCAUUAGAAGGGACGUGGGUGGCGCUGUGGGUUAAACCACAGAGCCUAGGGCUUGCCGAUCAGAAGGCUGGUGGUUCGAAUCCCCGCGACGGGGUGAACUCCCGUUGCUCGGUCCCUGCUCCUGCCAACCUAGCAGUUCGAAAGCACCAAGUGUAAGUAGAUUAAUAGGUAACGCUCCGGUGCGAAGGUAAACGGCGUUUCCGUGUGCUGCACUGGUUCACCAGAAGCGAACAUGCUGGCCACAUGACCCGGAAGCUGUACGCCAGCUCCCUCGGCCAAUAAAGCGAGAUGAGCGCCGCAACCUCAGAGUCGUCCGUGACUGGACCUAACGGUCAGGGGUCCCUUUACCUUUACCUAUUCAUUUCGUCAUCAAAUAAAGACCUUAUUUUCCAUGAACUGUUAAAUAACAACUUAGUCCACUUUUUGUUCCCCUUGUAAAAGUUUACGCUGUGUCAUGUCUUAUAUUAUUUGGUAAAACAGGCCAGUGAGUUUUUUAAAAAAUUGCACAUGGCCUGGAAAUGAUUUAAAUCAAUAAUUAUAAUGGAUCUCACUUGGCACCCACGGACUAGACUUUAAUUAUAUUCUUUUUUCCCCCCCAGCGUUGGUUGAAGCAAGCUCUGGAAGAAGAAAACACAACAGCUGUAGAUAGGUUUAAUUCACCAUCUCAUGAAAGAUCUAGAAGUCCCACAGUCAAUGGUGAAAGUAGAAGUCCCUUGUUAUUAAAUGACAGUUGUUCUUUAUCAGGUAAGGAUUUUUGUUAUAUGGUGCAAGCCAUCCUCUGAAAUGGUUUAACCCUUUUCAUCAAACUUGCAGGGGAUCUGAUGCUUAAGCCCCGGUUGGGCAAUCACUUCUCUCUACUUACUUUUGUACUAAAUGUUUAUGGUUCGUGGCAUCUUUCCUGCUGGAGAAUAUAUUCACACUCUGCUUGAAAGUUCAGUUGCUUCCACCAACAGAACACCCCGUACCCCCGUGUGUGACCAAGAUUAAAUAGAAGAGCGCUGCCCUGAGAUAUUUUGCUAUCACAAUCAGUUCGUGAAAUCUGACAUAUAUACCUUUCUCUCAAGCUAGGAUCUAUACCUCACCACCACCACCUUGUGGAGAACUGGGCUUGUUGGAAAGUAAAUUGCAGGCCUCUAGUUAUAAUAAUAAAAAAACAAUUUAUUAUUUAUACCCCGCCCAUCUGGCUGGGUUUCCGCUUUCCUUCUUUAAGGAAAAGUACCUCUGAGCUCCAUGUGUUUUGAAAGGCAUUCUUUGUGGAAAUGGAAAGAACAGAGUGAAGCAUCUGGAAACCGAUGUAUUGAUUUCUAGCCAACCAUUCAAGUUUUAGGGACCCACUUGAUGGACUGGGAACGUUUUGCCUGUUCUGCAUUUGGUGGGAUGGUGGGAGGAGGUAGAGUUGGGUGGGUGUGUUUCUCCAAGCAUAGCUAGUUUUCCUUCUGUGGAAUGAGUAUUUUGUGGUGCUUUGUGGGGGCAGAUACCUGGUUUGGCAAUUGAGACUCAUGUCGAAUCUCUGUAUUGUACUCAAGGUUCCUUGGGCAAGUUGCUAUAUUUUGUGACUAGUCAGACAGUUUCCCAGGUUUCCAAAUGUGCACAUGGACUCUGGAUGCUUUAGUCGAGAUUACUGCAUUGCCAGGGGAUUGGACAAAAACAGUUUAUUGAUGGAACCUAAUAAUUGUGUUCAAAUCUUGAUGGCUUAAUGCGAAAGCAUCAGUUGUUGUUUUUUGUUUGCCUUUGUAACAUGCAGACCUGACAACACCGCUAAAAAAACGAAGAGUCUAUCAGCUGUCGGAUUCUGCCUAUUCAGAAACAUCUACACCUAUUCCUUCUCCAUACGCCACACCAACCCAUGCUGAUCUCUCUGCCUCAGAUCCAUUGCUGUUUGCAACUCCUCCAAGAAUAAAAGCAGAUGAUGAAACCUGUAGGAAUGGUUAUAAGCCCAUUUACUCACCUGUUACGCCAGUGAUUCCAUGUGUACAUGGAAAUGCAAUGCACUUUGAGGUGAGCUUUUGUAUAUUCUAUACUCUUACCUGAUUAAUCAACUUGCAUUGACAGGUUUUUUAUAUAAAAAAAAAACCAGCUAUCUUAGCAAAUGGUGGGAUGUGUGGUAAUGGCUACCAAUCCAGUCUUUAGAAGGGGGUUAGACAAAAUUCAGAGAAAUUUUAACUCCUAGCAUAUAUUCCAGGGAGGCAGAAUGAAAUAAAGUAGUUUAGAUGUUGUUUAAAAAAUGAGAUGCUUUCAUUUGUAUUUGCAUUAAAAUAAAACUUCCAUGCUUAACUUUUUUAAUGCAGAAUAUAUCUUCACCUGAAAGUUCCCCAGAAGUUAAGAGGCGAACGUAUAAUCAAGAGGUAAGGAGAACUGUUAAGAAGUUACUGGGAAAGGCUUAUAUGCAUUUUGCAAAUCUUCCUCCCAGCUAUGAACAGCUGCUAAUAAUUGGGGAAGAAUUGGAAGCAGAGCACAAAAGGUCCUGCGUUUAAUCCCUGGCAUCUCUAUGCAAAACAGGAAGAGUUCUAUCUGAAACCCUGGAGAGUCACUGCAAUUGAGUGUAGACAAUGCAGAGCAAUAAUCUAGCUUGGCAAAAGGCAGCUUCUUAAGUUUCCCAGUAUUACAAAAUUAUUUUUUCUUGCAUUUUGCUGACAAACCUAUUACAGAAAGCAUGUAGUAUUGCAUAGAACAUGAAAAAAUGCAUCUUGGUAAACCCACCAUUGUAGCCAAACUAAAUAAUCCAGAUCCUUUAAAUCCUUUCUCAAUAUUGAGGAUAAUAAUAACAAUAAUAAUCUCCAUCCCACCAUGUUCAUUGGCAUAAGCAGUUCAAUCUCCUGCCUUAAACCCAUAUUUUCCAAAUAUCUCAGAAUUACUGCAAGGUCUCAUUUCUUUAAUUCCUGUAAUUUACACCAGUGUUGAGUUCCAAUAUUUUUUAUGAAUUGACAUACCUUCCAUAUAUGGGCCACAUCUGUGUUAAAGGCACAACAACCAAAAAUUGGAUGGCACAUUAGGAUUUUAUAGAUAAAUAGAUAGAUUAAAAAAUACUUCAGUGGAGCCAUCAAUGAAAUAACAUUCAGCUAGGAUCAUACGGGGGUAUCAUUUUCAUUUACUUUUCUCAGACACUGUGUGUUACAUCUAAUUGCUUCUCUCUCGGUGUGCAGGGAUUUGACCGGUCAUCAUCAGCAAUGCUAGCACUCAACCCUUUCAGAAAUUCCAAUCUAACAGAAAUAUGCCUGCAAGAAAUAAAGACUAUUGGAUAUUCCAGUCCAAGAAACAGGACUGAUGGCGCCAGGCAAUGUUCCGGAGAAAACGAAACGGCCUCAGACCUCCAGUUGGGACUUGAAGCAAUUGAGCAAAGUGCACUGCAUAAAACUUUGGACAACCCCUGCCAUGAUAGGACUGAUGCUAGCAGCCAGCUGGAAACUGCUCACUGUGGACGGGGAACAGUUUAUCCAACUUGGGUAAAGAGUCCCGACAGGACAGGUGUAAAUUUCUCAAUGAAUUCUAAUCUGAGGGACUUAACUCCUUCACACCAGCUGGAGGUAGGAGGUGGAUUCCGAAUAAACGAAUCAAAGUGCCUGAUUCCAGAUGAUGCCAGAGGCGGCAUGUUCAUGGAAACACCUGUUUUUUGUACUUCUGAAGAUGGACUUGCAGCUGGCUUUGGAAGAACUGUCAGUAGUGACAGCUUGAUGGACGGAAAUUGCACACCCCAGAAUCCUCCACAAAAGAAAAAGGUUACAACCUUUAAGUAUAAAUUCACACUUUCAUUUUUUUAUAUCUGUACCUUUUCUGCCAAGACAAAAUUAGAUAAGGUUCUUCUAUUUACUAUAGGAGACAUUCUCAAAUGGGUUUAUGAUUGUAGCCUUAGUAUUUUAAGUUGAGCAUUUAAAGUUCUAAGUUAUCAAAUUAACGUUAAGGAUGCCUACGUUUGUCAUUUAGUGUUUGCUCAGCUUCAAGAACAAAAAUAAAAUUUAUAGUCUGUAUUUACUAGUUUUGAGGAGACUUGAUUUUCUUUAGCUUAGAGGAAAUUCUUUGUACAAUACAUAACUGUUGCAGAUACGGAACCUGGGAUGCUUUUAAAAUAGUUGAAUAAUUAAAAAUAAUACCUUUUGAUCAAAGCAUCUCCCAGUGACAUGAAAUUUAGUAGUGAAUGGUCUAGAAUCAUCUCAUAAAUGCCGCAUUGUUGAAGCUUAGCAGGUGCCUUGGAUAGGUGACCUUCUGUAAGCCAUUCUGAGAUUUGCCAAAGAGGCACAUGAUUAUGAUAUGAAUAUAAAGGCAGUGGCUUUGAUCCUCAAUUCUAUGAGCAGAGUGUUCCACUUUUGGAACAGGGUUUUCCAACCUCCCCCUUCGUGCUACAGUCCCGCGAAAAGCUAAUGCGGGCCAGAAAACCCUCUGGAAUGGUGGCAAAGGAAGCUGCAGGAGGAAGGGAGCAAUGGGAGCACUGCCUCCCUGUAGCUAAACGGGUGUCCUGAUAAAAAUGAAACACGUGGAAAGGGUUCGUUUUUAGCAGAAAGUUUAGCCAUUAAUGCUGGGGCAAAUAUUUUAAGACAGACAAACCAAAUAGUUAUGAUGCAUAUACUUAAAGAUUCUGAAAACUGUUACUGCCCCAGUUAAUCUGAAAGGAGGGGAAUUGCUCAGACUGUAAAAGGACAUUUUCAGUAGUUAUGCUUCACCGUUUGUUCUAAUGUAGGAAGUCCAGUAGGCAGUAUCCCAAAAUUACUUUAUUACGAUUGCUGCAGGUCAUUAGGUUGGAUCAAAAGGGUGCACUUUCACUUGUGGAAGUCCUCUUCAGCCCACUGAAGGAGUGCUUGGUACCUUGUACUGGAGCAUUGUGUUAUAAAAGUAAAAUGCAGCCAAAUAUGUUUUUCUGGUUGCACCAGUGGAAGUGGAAGAACUGUUACAGAAUUAACCGCUUACCCUCACCAUGCAAACUCUCACACAAGUAUUUGCAGAACAGUGCUAGGAACUAGCCCGUCAGUUGCCUGCCCUUUCUGGUUUGCCAGGGAUGAGGUGCAUACUAGUGCACACUGCCUCGUUGCUCCUUUUUCAUUCCUUGCUAGGCAAAAGCAAAAUAAACAACCAGGAAGCCUUGGGUUCAUGCUAUGUCUGAACUAAGGACCGUGGAUUGUUGCUUCCUAAAUUGCAAUAGCCACAAUAAAUCAGAAAGUCUGGGUCAUCGUUCUGUGCAAACAUGCUCAUUCUCUUACUCAUUCUAAUUUUAGAUUCAUUUUUGCAAGAGAGUUAUCCUCAAAACUAAUGCCAGCCACUUUGCAACCAGAUUCUGUGUUGAAUUUUCUCUUAAAGAUUAUGCAAACUCCACUUUUAUAAUAGCCUAGAAAGAAAUCUGGGGGAACUGUCAAAACAGUUUGAGUUGAGACAUCCCACAACUGUUCUUUCCACUUUUUCCAUAGGUGUCGCUUCUAGAAUACCGCAAGAGGCAACGAGAAGCCAGAAAAAGCGGCUCCAAGGCAGAAAGCUUUCCCCUUCUAACCAUAUCGCCACACUCUGCUGGUGGAGGAAACAACGGUGGUUCUGCCGACGGGUAUAACAGCAGCGAGAACGGGGAGCCAGUUGAGCGGGAGCACACGGCUAGCCUCCCUUUACCAUUGCCAGCUACUGAUUAUAGCACCACUUCAGAAGAAACAGAAAACUCCUCUUCAUCGAAAGAAGCUUCAAGCGAGAAGAACGAUCCAGAGGUUCAGUGGUAAGCGCCUUCUAAAUAAGUUGCUGUUAAAGGGACGCGGGUGGCGCUGUGGGUAAAACCUCAGCGCCUAGGGCUUGCCGAUCGCAUGGUCGGCGGUUCGAAUCCCCGCGGCGGGGUGAGCUCCCGCCUUUCGGUCCCAGCUCCUGCCCACCUAGCAGUUCGAAAGCACCCCUAGGUGCAAGUAGAUAAAUGGGUACCGCUUUAUAGCGGGAAGGUAAACGGCGUUUCUGUGUGCUGCGCUGGUGCCGGCUCGCCAGAGCAGCUUCAUCACGCUGGCCACGUGACCCGGAAGUGUCUCCGGACAGCGCUGGCUCCCGGCCUCUUAAGUGAGAUGGGCGCACAACCCUAGAGUCGGACACGACUGGCCCGUACGGGCAGGGGUACCUUUACCUUUACCUUUACAAGGAAAAAGAGGACUUUUGAGUAACACAAGUGUUCAGAUCCUCAAAAUAGGGUGGUGAAAUUUCAGACUGAUUAAAAUUUAACAAGGUGCCCUUCUGCUACCAUAAGAAAUGUAUGCGUCAGCCUUUAAGGGUUUGAGCUCUGUGGGGGCCAACUUCCAUACAAUUUGUGUAGUGGAAUCAGGCAGAACACAAGCCGUGCUUGCAGGGGAAGUGCUUGCUGUGACCUUUCCCCCUUAAAGCACUAAUCAUAACUACUUUUGAAGGAAGGCUUGGCUGGAAAAGGCUGUAUUAGUACGGCACGUUCCUUAGUUCCCAUGGAUUUGCUAACAGAUUAAGAGUACUACAAUCUAUAAAAAUAAAAUAACGGAUGUGGGUGGCGCUGUGGUCUAAACCAGUGAGCCUCUUGGGCUUGCCAAUCGGAAGGUCGGCAGUUCGAAUCCGCUCGACGUGUACCAUGCAACUAAGUUUUCUCCUGAGCAGUAGGGAGAUACAUUUUUUUCAAUAAAAAAUUAUCCAGCAAACUAAGACUUCAUUCAUUUUUGUUUUGAAGGACUGCUUCAACUUCAGUGGAGCAAGUGAGGGAACGAAGUUAUCAGCGAGCUUUGCUUCUUAGUGAUCAUAGGAAAGACAAGGACUCUGGUAAGAAAACAUUUGGUUGAUCCUGAAAGUGCUCCUUUGAACUUUGAGGAAUUUCAUGGUUGUGUUUGGUCUGCUUCUGAUUGAGCAGGAAGAAAUGUAAUUACUGGUCACCAUCUGAUCUUGUAUUCAUAUCAUUUUAUUAAGAAUGCUUCAAGCUUGAUUUUUAAAAUUCAAACUUGAAAGUUUAAUCCAUCCAGUCAGACAUCUUCAUGACCGUUGUAUACUUCUGUCUAUAGACUUACAGUAAUUCUUAUUGCAGAUCCUGAAAAUCCUGAGCCCACAAGUGAAUGUCCGUCCCCAGAUACUUCUCUGAAGGCUUGCAAGAGUCCUUUAAAAGUGAGCAAGGUACUACUAUACAAAAUAUUUUCACGUUAGUGAAUGCACACAUACAUGGCUUGAAUGUCCCUGCUUCUUUCCUGGUCACUAUAGCUUAAAACUGAUGUUCUGAAUUUUGCCUGAAUGCAGAUAUACUCACUGCCAGAUGCUGGCAAGAAUCCAUGUUUGUGAAAUUAAUUAAUAUAAGCAUUUAAAAGCUUAAAAGUGACUCUUUAUCCAUCUGUCUCAUUGAUGCACAUCUAAAGGAGGAACAGUAGCUAAUCCAGUGAGUAACUACACAAUAUUGUUUACAAGCCGGGUAGUCACUUGCUUCUGCUGCUAUUUAUAUUAAGCACCACAAGGUCCCAUUUUUCUUUAAAUUUGAUUUCAAAGUUUGUGUUUGUCUGCUAUCCUCAGGAGUAAGAAGUGUUGCAUUGAACCCUGUAAACCUCACUAGUUGAACAAGCCUGCAUUGCGUCCAUAGCUCUGAAGAUAAGGAUAUGGAUAUGCUUUAAACUGAAGUUACAUGUUUGUUUUUCUUUUUCCUUCUUGUAGACUUCUUCACCAAGUCCUGUAGCUCCUGUCCAAUCCCUUGGGAAAACACCCACAAAACAGGAUGCCCAGUGGGAGACUCCAGCAGAUGCUCCAGAGGCAGAGAACACAACUCACCCCAAACCUGACCAGCCACAGAAACCGCUGGCAAACAACGCCGAAGCACUUUCAAAGAACCACCAGUCCCAGCCCCAUUCGCGCAGCGCAGCAGAUCAGCUCUCGCAAAAGCUGCCUUCAGCACCAUUGAAGCUACACUGUCCCCCUUCGCCCCAGGUAGAGAACCCUCCCAAACCCUCUACUCCCCACACCCCUGUUCAACACGGCUACCUUUCACCAAAGCCCCCUUCACAACAAUUAGGAUCGCCAUGCAGACCUCAUCAUCCUCAGUCACCUCAAGUGGGAACACCUCAAAGAGACACUCACCGAAGUUUCUAUGCGGCGACGCAAAGCCUUCAGCCUAGCACCCAGCAGCAACCCAGCGCAACGCUGUUUCCCCAAACCUCUUCCGUCUCUUACAGCCAGUUUCACCAACAAAAUUUGAACGCGAGCGCCCCGCCUCCUCCCCCACCUCCGCCCCCUUCCUCUACUUACUAUCAAAACCAGCAAGCCCCCUCAGGAAACUUUCAAAAUUACAGUCAGUUAAAAAGUAGCAUAGCCCCCCAACAAACUGUCUUUCCCUCUGGACCAAACCAAGCACUUGCCGGCACAACAUGCCAGCAGUCAGUUUCAGGGCACCAUGUAACCAGUGGGCAUUUUUUGCCAUCUCCAAACCCCAGUAUUCACCACCAGACUCCAGCUGUCGGGGCUCCGCCGCCGCCCCCGCCGCCGCCCCCUGCUCCGGGACCCCAUCUUGUGCAGCAGCAAAGUUCUCAGCAGCAGCACCCCGUGGCCCACGUGGUGGGUCCCGUGCACGCGGUCGCCGUGGCUCCGGGGUCACACAUCCAUUCUCAAGCUGCCGGUCACCAUCUGCCGCCGCCUCCUCCGCCGCCUGGUCCCCUUCCUCACCACCAUCCGACUCACCCCACCACAGGUCACCAAGGUUUGCAAGCACAACACCAGCACGUAGUCAAUUCGGCUCCGCCGCCUCCUCCGCCGCCGCCACCUGCCACCGUUUUAGGCUCUGGGCAUCACACGGCCUCGGCGCAAGGAUUGCACCAUGCAUCUCACCAGGGGCCCCCGCUCUUCCCCUCCAGCGCUCACUCAACAGUCACUUCCUACCCCUCGCAGCCUCAUCACACACCUUUGGGACCUGGACCUCAGCAUCAGCCUGCUGGGACGGGACCUCAUUGCCCACUCCCAGGUCAGGGUCCUCACAUCCAGCCUCAAGGACCAAGCAGUAUUCCAACACCAACCGCUUCCGGGUUCUGCCCUCAUCCUGGCUCUGUAUCCCUUCCUCACGGUGUGCAAGGACCUCAGCAGGCAUCUCCGGUGCCUGGGCAAAUACCUAUUCACAGAGCACAGGUGCCACCAACUUUUCAAAACAAUUAUCAUGGGUCAGGGUGGCAUUAA